AUGUCGGCACCGGACAAUGUGCGGAACCCGCUUCCUCCUUUGCCAGAUGAUGGCUCUGAGAAUGAUCGACAGGAAUUUCACUCCACGCCUGCCGUAAAGCGGCCUGCUGCAGAGAUGGGGGAGGAUGACCGCCCAUCCCUGGAUGUCGAGAUGGGUUCAGAUUCAUUUGAUGGCAAUGAAGAUCAGAAUAAGGAUCAGUCGUCAAAUGGCAAGAAGCAAAUGGAGCGACCAACGAGACAACGUAGAGCUGUCUCUGUGGAUAUGAUUGGCCAGAAUGGUACCAUUACGACGACUAAUAAUAGUAUGGUUGGGACGGAGAUGAAGCCCGGAAGCACUAAAUGCCUUUCUAUGGAGGACGCAAAUAGCUCGUCGUCAGACAAUGUCUAUCCUACGCCGUCCAGUAUGUCAACGUAUACUUCUUACACACGAGAAGAUGCUAAACCUCGGGCUUCCUCCCAUACCACCCACGAUCGCCCCCCAAUCGAUGAGCAGGUUGCCGCUGUUACCAAAUUAUUGAUGCAACCGUUAAUGGAUCAGCAGAAGGGAUAUGUGGUUUCAGCGAACUGGCUAGGACGCGUCCUUUCUAGAAGCUCAAAGGGAGGCCUGCAGCGAGAAAAAGCUGAUAAGACUGCCUCGGAGGGCGAGAUUGGUGCUGUUGACAAUUCAGACCUGGUUCUGGUCACUGACCCAUCAAUCAUGUACAAGGACGAGACUGGUGAGCCGUUCGUCCCCUUACGGCCAGGCUUGCAGAUGGGAGAAGACUUUGAGGUACUUCCCGAAGAUGCGUGGGAAUUGAUCAUGAAAUGGUACGGGCUCUCGCCUGAAUCCCCUGCCAUUAUUCGAUAUGCCCAUAACACAACUGUUGGCUCUACAGAGCAUGUCCAAUACGAACUUAACCCCCCAAUCUUUACCAUCCUGAAACUGCCCAAUCCUUCACAGUCCCCAACGCAAAUUGCUCAAGAUAGGGCACGCGUUCCCAUCAAAACCUUGGCUAGCAGGCAUACACAAUUCCAACAGUGGCUGCGGAAUGUGAAGGACCUGGCAUCUAUUGAAAUGUCUACGAAGGUUCGUGUCUGGAGAAUUCUCGAGGGCUUAAAUAGCACCACAACUUCCGGUAUCAUCACUCCAGCAGCCUCGAGAAGUGCGUCCCCGGCCCCUGGUGCCACAUUGACCGCUAGUGCGGGAAACAGCUUUCUGUUGGACGUAAACAAGUUCGUUGCUCUUGUGGAAGGCUCCCAGCGAGAAUUGUUAGAAAUGAAGGACCAAACAUCGAAUCCAAAGUAUAAUGGCAGUCUCACCUUGCACCUUGCGGGUUUGGGGAGUGACGAUGUCAUUGUGCUCGAGGAACAAGUCGGUGGUCCCGCUGGUGGGGAGUGGAUUUCUGAUGGUGCCGGUAAAAGUUCAAAUCGACUUGCGGUCGCUGCACAUAGGGCCGGCCCGCAGAACAAGGGCAAAGGAAAACUCCCCACUGCCAGCGGCCGAGCAUCGCCGGCGAUUGGCGCUGUUUCCAGGGGAAGACCGCGCAAAGACGGCCGAUCUCCUGGUGUCACCGGCUUGAGUAACCUUGGAAAUAGUUGCUACAUGAAUUCUGCGUUGCAAUGCGUUCGGAGCGUAGAGGAGUUGACACAAUAUUUCCUUCAAGAUGAGUACAGGAAAGACCUUAACCCUGGCAAUCCACUUUCUCACGAUGGGAACGUGGCCAAAGCCUAUGCAAACCUGUUACAUCAGCUCUAUGAUGACAAUGGCACUUCUUCCUUUGCUCCUCGCCAAUUCAAGCAGACCAUUGGCCGAUAUGGCCCUUCAUUCUCGGGUUAUGGGCAGCAGGAUUCCCAGGAGUUUGUGCUUUUCCUGCUGGAUGGCUUACAGGAGGAUUUAAACAGAAUCCAAAAGAAGCCAUAUAUCGAGAAGCCUGAUUCUACGGAUGACAUGGUUGGCAACAACGCCGCGCUUCAAGAGUUUGCUAACAAGUGCUGGGAAAUCUACAAGGCACGGAAUGACUCAGUAAUUACUGAUCUUUUCGCGGGAAUGUAUAAGUCAACGGUAGUUUGCCCCGUAUGUGACAAAGUUAGCAUCAUUUUCGAUCCAUUCAGUAACCUCACUCUGCAACUCCCGAUUGAGAAUCUAUGGAGCAAAGAGAUAUUUUUCUUCCCACUUCAUUCUCGCCCUAUUCGGGUUGCUGUUGACAUUGACAAAAAUGCGAGUAUCAAGGCAUUGAAAGAGUAUGUGGGUCAAAGGGUAGGCGUCCCUACCAAUAGACUUGUGAUGGCUGAAAUAUACAAGCACAAGUUCUAUAAGAUGUUCGAAAAUACUUCGAGCAUUGGAGAAUGUCAAAUUGGUAGCUCCGAUGACAUCGGCAUUUUUGAGCUAGAAUCUGUGCCGACCAGCUACGACCCAGAUAGAGCUCCCAGUCGAUCGGUUUAUUCUAGUCUCGCAUUCUCCCACAGUAAUACAACCAACCAGGAAAUACCAUCGUUCGACUCGCCAAAGUGCGAUCGCAUGAUUAUCCCAAUCUUCAACCGCGUUAUUAAACCUCAGGGUGCAAAGAUCACACGGCAGUUAUUCGGUGCUCCUUCGUACAUUAUCAUUACACGCAAAGAAUCAUAUGAUUACGAUAGCAUCCUUCGCAAGGUUCUGCGGAAUGUGGCGAACCUGACGACCCGAGACAUUCUUCGCGAGGAUGAAGGGGAUAUUAUGAUGAACUCAAGUGCUGCUGAGGACUCUGAUACUGUUGUGACCAAUGAUGACGAUUUUGACUCCUCAGACCCCAAGAUCAAAGCCUCCUCAGUCGACGGUGAAGACGGACUAGUUGAUAUAUCGAUGCGAGAUGGUUCUGAUUCAUCCACCAGAACCAAAUCAAGCGUGAAGGGUGAUACCACGCCGAUUCCGAAAGUUCUUCGACCUAAUAAUUUCAUCCCGCCCAUGCUUCGCAAUUUAUUCGAAAUCAAAAUAAUGCGAUCAACUGACGCUGUUCCCACUGGAUGGUCUACAGUCGAUGAGAUCAAAGAAUUUACGUCAAUGACCUCCAGAUUACCGAGAAAACAAGCCAAGAGAACCACUACAAAAAAUUCCCCUGCCAGCCGGGGAAGUAGCCCUCUUAGUAGCGAAGAUGAGCUCAGCGGCCCUGCUCGUCGUGUAGAUAUCGCUCGUUCAAGGGAUAACAAUGACGAUUCUGAUGGCUGUAGCUCCCAGAAAACUAAGGAGAGUGGUACAGAAAGUGGCUCAGAUUCAUAUCCUGGUCCCUCCGCGUUACUUCACGGCUCAGGACGCCGAAAACUCAAGCUUUCGACGUCCAAAAAAGGACCCCCCGAGGCUAUACCGCUCAUUCGUUCCGGGGAGGGUAUUGUUCUGGAUUGGAAUGAACAUGCAUAUGACGGUCUUUUUGCCGGUGACCCGCUUGAUGAUGAUGGACUGCGAGGUUCGGCGACAUGGAUGAGUAUCGAUUGUCUUCCCGACCCUGAGCUUGAGCAGAAACGUCAGCUGCGCCAGACCCGGAAAAAGCGCGGGAUCAGUCUCGGUGAAUGCCUCGAUGAGUUUGGUAAGGAGGAAAUCCUUUCGGAAAACGACGCAUGGUACUGCCCUCGCUGCCGGGAGCACAGACGUGCGUCAAAGAAAUUUGAGCUGUGGAAGUGCCCGGAUAUUCUUGUGAUGCAUCUUAAACGCUUCAGUGCCAACCGAGGGUUCCGUGAUAAGAUCGACGCGCUGGUCGAUUUCCCCCUCGAGCUCGACAUGAGUGGCCGGGUCCAGAUGCCGGAGGAGGGGAAAAGUUUGCAAUAUGAGUUGAUUGCGGUCGAUAACCAUUACGGUGGCCUUGGCGGUGGACAUUAUACGGCGUACGCGAAGAACUUUUUUGAUGGUUGUUGGUAUGAAUACAAUGACUCCCAUGUUUCAAAGAAAAACAACCCUGCCUCCGUAGUUACAUCAGCUGCAUAUCUUCUAUUCUAUCGUCGUAAGUCUGACGUCCCUCUCGGCGGAGAGUAUCUAGCCUGCAUCACUGAGGCAGCCAAAAAUCCCGAAAAUGACGACUCUGAUUCACAACCCGACUCCCGCACACUUUCCCCUUCGGGGGAAGACCUGCGCCUCGGCGGCUCCUCCCGCAAUGGAUCGUCGAGCGCUUUAAUCGGAGCCGGAGCAAUUCACCAGGCGGGAGAUGGUGGUUUGCGGGGCGGAAUCCAGGCGAGGGAUGACGACAGCCUACCCGAGUACUCGGAACUCCACCACCAUAACCACUUGGAAGGCAUGGAUCUGGAGGACGAAGGAUUCGGGUCGACAUUCGGCCCCGAUUUAAAUUUUCCCAACCAUCCCAGCUGGUCCUUCGACCGAGCCGCAGAACCCUACGGUGGCGGCGUCUCCGGCCUCGUACCCGCCCCCGCGAACUCAUUUUAUGACGGGGACGGCGACGACGACCUCGACGACGAAGCAAGCAACAAAGCCGUCGGUGGCGGUGACAUGAGCGACUCGGAAUCGCGCCUGGCAAUGCUGAAUGAUUCCGGGGAUCAGGAUGGCUUGAUUUUUGAGGAUGCGGACUUGUCAUCAUCAACAACAGCUGUGCGAAAUAUCAUGCAACCACCAGAUCUAGAUGAUGACGAUGAUGAUUCCAUGCCUGUUGUUGAACUGCGGGUUCCUGAAGAGGAGGGGCCGGCAGCAUUGUAA